AAAGAGUAUUUAAUUGUUUUUAAAUAUUAAUUUCGUAUUUUUUGAGGCAGUACAGAAAAAAAUAUUUAGAUACGAAACAGUGGCUUUACCAAUAUUAUUUUCCCUUUGGAUCCUGUAGCAGGAUGGAUCCAAAGGAUCUUCAUUGGAAACAUUCGCUGUUAGAGCAGCUUAGACAGCGGGACAAGAAGGAAAAGGAGCCGUUUGAGUCAUUGAUAUCUUCACACUGGAAACAUUUUGAAGCUUCACAGUCACUGAAGUCAAAAAAUACACAACUCACAUGGGAAGCAGAAAAACUUAAGGAAGAAAAUCUUGGUUUGCAAAUCAAAGUUGAGCAAGGUGGAGGCAGUGGAAACAGUCAGGCUCUGGAACAGAAACUCUUCAAGCUCCAAGAGGAGGUUACAGAACUCCACCGGAGGAGAGGGGAGAACACACAGCAAAUAAUUGACUUGAACAAUGCACUGCAAGACAAAGAAAAAGAAUUACAGGGAAGGGAUGCCAGACUGAAUGAUUUACUUGCCAAUGAACUGGCUUUGAAAAUGGAAAUUAAAAAUCUAGAAAGUACCAUUAUGGAGUUGGAAGCUACGAAUCAGAUGUUGAAGGAUGAGCACCAGGCCCUACAGCUGACGUACACGGGUCUGGAGGAGAAAUACAGGAAAGUGGAACAGGACAAUCAACAGCUGCUGGAGCGCUGGAUCAAGCAACAGGCCAAGAUGGCUGACCAGCUGAACGCUGAGAAUGACCAGUUCAUGGCAGUUCGGCAACAGAAACUUAGACAGGAUUUAGAAGAUGCAGCAAGAGAAAAUAUUCAAAUUUUACCUGAAAACCAGGCAGGAGUGUAUGUUCCUACGUCAAUUCCUAUCUGUUUAAGUGCCUCCCUUCCUACCAAAGCCCAGUACAAAUUCGAUGCCCAUGAUGGCGAUGUAAAUGCAGUGCGAUGGAGUCCUUCAGGGUCUUUGUUUGCCACAGGAGGAGCUGACAGAAAGAUCAAACUGUGGGAAGUUAUAAAUGGUAAAUGUGAGUGUAAAGGAAUCUUGACAGGCAGCAAUGCCGGCAUUAUGGCUCUGGACUUUGAUCUAGAGGAAAAUACAAUUCUAGGAGCUUCAAAUGAUUUUGCCAGCAGGGUAUGGUCUCUCACUGACCACAGAGUCAGGCAUACACUGACUGGUCACAGUGGGAAAGUCCUGGCAGCCAAAUUCCUGGGUGACAGCUUUAAAGUGGUCUCAGGAAGUCAUGACAGGACCCUCAAAAUCUGGGACCUGCACAGCAGAUCCUGUGUAAAAACUAUAUUUGCUGGUUCAAGUUGUAACGAUCUUGUGACUAUUCAUGGAACCAACAUAGUCAGUGGUCAUUUUGACAAAAGAGUCCGGUUCUGGGACAGCCGUGUGGACAGCAACACCAAUGAAAUACUGCUCCAGGGACGACUUACAUCUCUAGAUCUCUCUCCUGAUAAAAUGAGUUUACUAUGCUGUACACGAGACGAUACCUUAAAGGUGUUGGACUUAAGAAUGAACCAAAUAUCUACGACACUAGCUCAUGACGAUUUUAAGGUUGGCUGUGAUUGGUCAAGAGCUGUUUUUAGUCCAGAUACUUCCUAUGCAGUAGCAGGGUCAAGCGAUGGUGCAAUAUAUAUCUGGAAUAUCAAAAAAGGAAAAGUUGAAAAAAUCCUUAAAGAACAUGCGCAUUCUGUGAUAGCCUGUUCUUGGCAUCCAGUCGGAUCCUACGUAUUGAGCUGCGAGAAGCAACGCAAAACUGUGUUAUGGUCCGAUAUCUGAGUGUAGCAUUACCGGUACAUAGCAUUGAUGGUCAGCAGUUACUGGAUCAGUGGACUAAUUCAUAGAGCAAGAGUUGCUCAGUGUUUCUAUAGUCCUACAGCGAGAAUCAACUGCUCUAAAAAACCCAUCAAAUAAACCUUUGUAUAUCUAUGUUAUCAAAUACAGCAGUAACUGUGAUGUACAUUUUUACAUUCUCACAAAGUCAGUGUCUCAGUAUUGCACAACAAAAACAAAAAUUGACACAAAGCCAUGUGGGGCUUCCCUGCUUUAUUUACCAGUGAUUGCUUUUAAUUUAAUGAUUUGAUUGUUAUGAUUGGGUAAUGUUCAAGGCAAGCCGAAAAUAGAACAUUUAUAUUGGUAGUAAUAUUUGGUAUUUUUGAAAGAUUUAUCGUAUUAUUCAAUUGUUAGGUUAAAAAAAGAACAGACUUAUACCGAUUUGUCAUUGAGACUAAAACAAUAUUCAAAAUGCAGAACAAUAUUUUCUUUAUAUAAAAAGAAACUUACACAUUACAUGUAAUUUACUUGAUCAGAUGUGCAGGUAAACGAAAAUUAAAAAAAAAAAUUCAGUCGUACUCGGUUAAAUUACUAAAUUUUAACCUUAUAAGUGACAUCCUUGCACAGAUCUUUUCCUUUAUGAAUUUGUUUGAAAUUAUUGUCAUAUCUUCUGUGGUAUAGGCAACAAAAUUACAUGUAAGCUAUGAAAAUUCUCACACUAAUACUGUUCUGUAAUAAGUGUAAUCUGUAAUACACAAACGCUAAUAUGUCUGCAAUAAACAUGUUUUUCAGGGUCUUUUCAAAAGAUGACAGUAUAAUGCAUAAGCAAUUCAAGUAUUGUAGAGUCUACAGAAUUUUGGGGGGAUUCAAAAACUGCUGAAUUAAAUCAACAGUAUUUUUAUUUUCUAAGAUAAACAUUUGCUUUUGUAGUUUUUAUAGUACAUUGAAUUCAGUUAGGUUGACAUAUUGAUUUUUAUAUUUUGUCAAAUUGACAAUUUUGUUUGUACCCCUAGAUUUGCGAAUAGAUCAGAAUCAUUUUGUUUUUAAUAAUCAUGAUUAUAAUGAUGGAAGUUUUAAUAUUCAGAUGUUAUAUGAAUUGAUGAAAUGGUUGAAACACUGUAAGAAAAUGAAAUAUACUGCAAUUCCAACUACAAUCUGAAUGUUCCAUGCAGCUUCAAAAACGAAACAUGACUAUUAUGAAAUUAAUGAGAUUGAUCAUCGCAAGCUCUCUUUUCAUGCAUACACUUUAAGAAUUCCAUGAGGUUUGUGUUUUAAUGAGUGUGAGAGUUCUUUAACAGACUAUUUGUACAGUGUGUGUGUGGCGAUGAUUGCAUGAAUGUUGUUUUAUUUGUGACAUUUUGGGUUUUUUAAUUUCAAGUAAUGUGCUAUUUAUUAGUGCUAGAUGCAUAUAUUUCUGUCUUGGAGAUAAAUAGUUUUUACCAUGGACAUCUACAACAUACUAUGAUAUCAACUUAAUGGUGUAAAAUUUAGCAGCAUAUGGCUACCUGUCUACCACAAGUAAUGUAGCCAUAUGGUGUAAUAUUUUUAUCAACUUUAUUUGAGAUUUUAACUAUUGAUGCAUUUUUGGAUAUAUACUCUUUUAUCAUUUCUAAGAUGGUGAAACUAUAAUUAAUUCCAGUGUAAUGUAGAUCAUUUAAGGUUUAGAUAUGGAAGUUUUAAGUACAUUUCAAGAUUUAAUAGGUGUGUGCUAGAGUGAUCUUUUUUUUGUAAAGAAAAAGUUUAAGUAUGGUUUGAUUACCUGUAUAAUUGUGUGAAAAUCAGAAAACUUCCACCUGUGAUUUUGUGUACUUGCAUAAUGUGAAAUUGAUUGCAAACAAAGGUCUGUGUGAAUAAAUAUUAAUCUGUUGUUGAGUUAAAUAUUUAUAUCAAUAAAUUUAUAUGUAGCCCUA